GCCAUGUAAAAGAGUGAGCGAAUGGGUUGGCAAGCGAUCGGACAUUAGGCUGGCCAAAUGGAAAGGUGAUCUGAGAUCUUCCUGUUUGUAUCAGCUCUAGCCUGGCCACUCGAGAGACCCGGGACGGAUCUUUGGCGAAAUGUUGAACUGUUUUAGAUAUUGACCCAGACUUCUACUAAAUUCACCAGUUGCUGAUUGUGUACAGUCGGAUGACAUAGACAUCGGCCAUCUAGGAAAGGGAGUUGACGAACCAGUAUGGUUGUUCUCGAUAUAAAGCUAAGCGUUCACUGAAAAUGUACAUUGGUGCACCAAAUCGUGACUGUCUAUAUGGAUUCGGAGUUCUUACACAGAAGGUUGGCUAUUAACGCGGAAAAUUGGCUUCUGAAACCUACAACUCUGUGAAUUACUACAUAUCGAGUUAGGAAAAUAAUCAAAGAUUGAGUUAGAGAGCGUCAAGUUGAUAGUGCGCGUAACAAAUCAACAUUUUGAUUCCAUGCCGCUAUUGAUGUUCCGACGUUUUCGCCGGAGCCGCAACUGUCGUUGGCUGCGUCCGACAUGCUAUGGCUGUUGUGAUAGAAACCACCACCGUCGCCGCUGCUGUUGCCAUGGGAACGGAAGCUGCCUAUAUAUCCGAUCGGCGUCGGUGAACGCCCUAAACGAAAGUGCCGAUAGCACCACUCUGUCGGCUGCUCCGCGCUCAGCAACACACACCCCUAUGACAAAGUCUCGGGCCUUUUUUAAAUCUCCAAAGAUCUGCCAAUAUUGUCUUGCAGGGCACGAUAUGUCCGUGGCUUAUUACGAAUCUCCGAAGUGUGACCCGCAGAAAAGAGACGGGACCCGCAAAGGGAAGGUUGGCCAGGACAACUCGCCUUCAGCAGGCCCCAACGAUUUUUAUGAAGUGAAGGAAACGCUGCUCACCAACCGCUGUGAAGCUGACGAUUAUUCAACAACAACAACAGCAAGCGACUUCACACGGAAAAAAGCACGAAACUGCAACGAGACGGAUGACCCCGGUGUCACGAUGGAACGGCCUUUAGUUCAGGAGCAAAGCCGAGCGGACCCCGAAACACGUGAUGACCAAGGAGUAGGAAGCGAUCGAUUGCCUUCACCGAAUCAGGCCAUCAAUCAGAAACGCCGUCAGAGUCAACAACAACAACAACAACAACAGGUCCACCAAAGUUAUCAGGGCCACUCUAGCGCUCAGCCCCGGCUCAUCCCUUUAUUAUUGCGCUUCUACCACCGAUUAUUCAAAAGCUUCCGCAAAGCUUGGACCGGUGUAAGGUUCGAUGAUGAGGUAGAGACAAUACAAGUUCCUGCCCCGCGUUACCAACCCGAGAAAAUUGAAGAUCUACUCAAAAGGACUAAAUUUAAUCGAAACGAACUUAAGGUGAUGUACCAGGGCUUCAAGCAGAUGUGCCCCAGUGGUCUUGUAGACGAACCCACUUUUCGAGAUAUUUAUGCUCAAUUCUUCCCUCAAGGAGACGUUACCCUAUACGCGCAUUAUUUGUUCAUGGCCUUCGACCAGGACCAUAAUGGCACCGUCACUUUCCAGGAUUUUGUCACAGGACUUUCCGCUCUUUCCAAAGGUACACCAAAGGAGAAACUGCUAUGGGCUUUUAACCUGUACGACAUUAACGGUGACGGACGCAUUACGAGAGACGAAUUGAUUGAUAUUAUUUGCUCGGUUUACUCCCUCAGUGCUGAUCGGGAAAGGACAGAUGGAGCAGAUGGGGACGAUAGACAUUCGAAGUACAAUGAGGCGCAACUAUCACAUGCCGACCGGGUGUUUCAGAAGCUCGACUUGAACAACGACGGCGUGGUAACCCUAGACGAGUUCGUCACGACAUACCUAAACGACGAAGACGCCAUCCAGUCGCUUUCUUUUCUUCAUCUUUAAAUAUUCAAUUGAUAUUUAUAUAACAUUAGGCGAUCUUCUAUUCGAAACCUGAGUUUUCUCUAUACGAAAGUGUAUUUCUUUGCCAGACAGCUGGGUUUGAGUUACGGUUAGUUGAUCGCCAGGGUAUUUCAAUGCGUUUUAUCAUUCAGUCAAAAAUCUAAUAAAGGAUAAAUAUUUAUAUAAAGAAACUACCUGGUAACUGUCACCAGAUCAAAAUGAUUUUUUGUAGCCUAGCUAUCGAAUUCAUCUAGCUAAGACGUUUAACGUGAUUAACUGUUGCUUUUUACGUAUUAUCAUAUUACGUAAUAAUCCGUUCCGAACGAGAGGCGUACACACUCUACGCGAAACAUUCUGACAAACAAACGAAACAUUCUUGGAAAACGCCUGCUUACGACCUGCUCUUACUAAAGUACCCGAAAAUAUGUAAGGGGUAGAUGCGUGGAUGUAUUUUCUUAAUGUAUAUGGCUUAAGGCUGACCCUCAACUAUCCUCUUAUAUAAACGAGCCUCCGAGAUCACCUUUCGCUGCUGCUUCAAAGAGUGCCAAAAGGCUUGUUUUGGACAUGUGUAAAAUUUCUCCAAUAGGCCUAUAAGGGGGCAGAGUCAUUACGUAGCCAGCUCUUAUAGAUAUCUUAUUUAUAUUAUAGAUAUUUUUUCACUUAUGUUUCCUCCUUUUGGUGCUGUUCUUCAUCGUUACUAUUCUAAUGUACCCAAAAAAUGCAUAUUAUUGUCCAGACAACAGGGUCGUCCCUAAUACAGACCAACUGUACGCUAAUAGCACACGUACUGUUUACGUAGAAGUCCACUCACAGCCGAGUGAGAAACCCCGAUUGAAAAGACGGUGGAGUCCGUCACUUAGUUAUAAUAAGCUCUCUGAUCUCUAUCGUUGUUGCUUACAAGCUAUUUGUUACGUUGUUGUAGACUACAACGUUUACUGUUAAGGCAAUUCAAAAUAAGUUCAUGUUAUAACUUUGAGUAUAAAGUCACAUCUCUUUCUUUUUACCACAAUCUUUUACCACGUCACUGAUCUUCGUAUUGCAACUGUUACACUCCACUCUGUGCAGCUAUCGUCCAAGAUAACUAUUUUCUGCUAAAAAUAUGUUCGGUGUAGAGAAAGACUUUUCGAUCGAAAAUGAAUGACAGAAUGAUGAUUCAAUGGAAAAUCGAUGAAAACGGAACUCACACUCGUAGAGCUUGAAUUUUAAACACUCAUAAAAGCCCAUCAAACAGCGUUACAGAAAAAAAAAAUAAAAAAAAGAAAACGGUUCGUUCAAGUAAAUGAAAACGGUCAAGGAAACCGAGGAAGAUGUUAUACCAGGUAACACCAUUAGGCUAAAUGUGCGUCAUCUGCGUAUAUGGCACGUGUUGACGGUUAAGCGUUCACUCCUAAUGGGCGCUUGGUUGUAGUCAGGGAUCAUUGGAAGAAGAUAAUAGGAUAGCAGAAAAUCGCGCAUCCACUAAUCGUUAAUCAAGAACAACGCUUAGUCGUCUAAUACGUUGGUGAGGCAGACCCUUUGUAGUUUAGUAGACUGGUUUGCGUAUUUAAAGCGCGAGCGCAAAAACGCAAAGAAAAAAUGUAAAAAACACAUUUGUAGGUCAGUGUAGGGAAGCAGCUAGUCGCGAACGAUGUAUACGUUGUCGCUGCUGGUGCCUGCCUCGCAGUGGUCAUCGCUAUUAGGAAGUGGCUGAAGCUGAGGUGAGUGCGGAGUGUUCAAUACUGGUAAACCAAGAAAACGUCAAGAUGUGUUAAAAUAUAUAGCCUUCGAAAACAUGUAGAAGAAAGAGCAGCACAAGGCUGCGCAGAGGAUCAGUGGCGGCAAGACACUCGCCUAUCAUCUCGUUGGUUGUAACGCCGAUUAUCUCUACCCUUUUGUCGCGGCGUCUCAUAUCUUCCUCUUUAAAGUAAUUCUGCUAUCGAAAAAGGGAGACUCGAUAGGAGCGAUAGGGCGCGUCACAAGGACACGUGGGCUACAAAAGAAUACAGGCGGACACACAGACACGUACAUCUAGCCAGCAAAGCCAAGCGUCCCUCAGGAGCUGACUGUCAAGGGAAACCUUUGAAAGAGAUCUAUCGCGGGGCCAAACGACGAUGAGACCUUGUGCACUAAUCCUGAUGUCCUACUACUCAUCGCAUGCCUUGGCCGUCCAUGCCUCUUGGAAACGAGAACAAGAACGUGAUGAUGAUGAUGAUGAUGAUGAAGCAAAAGAAGAAGAUGAAAAAGGCGAGAAGGAAAGAGGCCUCGACCGAUAAGGACAAUGUCGUCAAUAUCUACAAUAUCAGGAAAAAUAGGACAACGUCGCGCGAAACUGACCGGCCGAUCAGUGGCCGGUGACCGUUAUAGAGCCAAAUCAGUAGCAUCAUACAGGCUUAGAGACUGGAGAGCGCUAUGAACAGACCUGAAACUGCGUCUUUCAACAGACGCCUACGCGGAACGAAAAUACUGCAACGUAUAUAAUUAGGCAAAUGGCUAUUAUAUUGAAUUUUAUUACCUUAUUGUCAUACUGAAUUAGAGUUGUUGAUUUGUGAUAACUACUAAGUGUCAUCCCAUGUGUGUCAAAUACAUUUAUUUGGUGGGCGACCAAAUUUCGACCCCACCUAUAUUAAGAAGAUAGGUUAUAUGGAGAAAUUUAUUUCACAUUCUACGAUAACCUUCGUUUUCAACAAAAUAGUUAUUACAAUUUCAGCAAUAGCUCACUGAUGGCGCAUCACGAAGCAUUUUUCAUAAUAAUUUUAGAAUUAUGUAAAAGUCUAAGUUCAGAGGUUAUCGUGCAAUUUCUGAGAAGUUUGUUUGCCGCCAAUUGAAACUUUGCUACUAAAGGUAUGUUCAACAUAAGUUAUGUCGCCUAAGCAACAAAGUGACAAACGCGAUUUCGACGAAAACUUCAUACUACACAUGCUAAACGAUUGUUGCAUGAGGCGUGGUGUUAGGCGGAAAACGUACACAGUACUCGCCAUUAUCAAAUCAACUGACCACAACUGGCAGCGAUAGACCUUGCGCUUAAAACUCGAACUCGUAAAAAUUGCUUUUUUUUUUUUUAUUCACCAAAAUUAUCAAAAUUGUACGUGUUAUUGGCGAAGCUGGAAGCGAAAGGCGGUACGACACAAGCGAUUUAUAUAAAACUGCAUUACUUUUAAGUUAUGGUAAAACUUAUUUCUUCAGCUUCUGUGAAAGUGAAGUCAUAUAUAUAUGAAAAGUCCAAGUAAACAACUUCGUACGGUCAGAAGCACCCAUAAUGAAUGGUACAUCUAAAAUAAUGGACGCCUACAGUAAAUAGUUAAUAAAAUCGAACGAUCUGAAAGCUAACUGCAGAACACAAAAACGGAACAGAUCAUAGAGACGUCGUCUGCCUGCUUUUAAACUAUUCGUAUAAGUUAAAUACAUACAAUUUAAUAGAGACAUUUUCGUCAACCGUAAAAACUUGCGCCUUGACGAUAAGGUUACACAAUCACGUAUUGGGGCAACUACCAGUUACUGAACUUAGUGUUGUUGGCUGAUGGUUUUUUUUGCUGAUUUUUAUUAUUAUUAUUAUUAACUAUGUUCGAUGAUAGAAUUACGAAGAGCUAUGUGGCGAUUUUCUUCAAUCGAACUACCUCACCCACCUUGUAUGUGUUUAAUAAAAACGUAUAGUAUUCAACUCAUGUGCCAGGUAUGUACUUCGGAUAUAUCAAAUGCCUUGUGUAUAGAUCUACCGACACAAUUCAGUGUUCUUGUCUACUUUACGAUGAAGGAAAAGGCCAAUUGACGUGUCUGUCUACUCCAAGAAAAUGAAUUUUGACAAUUGUUAAAAAAACAAUUUGAGGAACAUAUGCAAAAACAAAAAAAAGCUACAGGAACUAAUUACGGUCGUGUACUAAGCGAACAGGUGAAACUUAGGGACUAUAUAGCGAUCGCAUAGCUGAUCCUUGAAUGACCUUGAAGUUUGUGCGGAUACGAAAGGCCUCUCCUACGAUCCCCAGUUCUCGGCCUGUUUUUGUGCGAUCGUGAUUACGACUAGUUUCAGUUGCCAAGGAAAUAAGCGCAGGUUGCUCGAACACACCGAAGAUAAUGGCAUUAAAGCGAGAACGACAGAGGACAGCCAUGUAGAAGUUAUCGAAUGGCUGAAUGAGGCGAAGAUGGCAGUUGUGAAACAGACAAGCACGUACGUCAUUUUCACCAGCAGAAAAAGCGAAAUCAAUGGUAGAAACAAGAAGCAAGCAUCAAACGCGUUGAGGAUCGCACAGAACCGAAUUCACAUAACAUACAAGUACACGCGAACUAACGAAAGGACGCAUAAUGGCGAAACAGGCAAACAAGACAAUGAAAAAGCUCUAUUCUAAAACGGCGUCGUGAGGCGAGCCAGAACUUCGCGAAGACAAAACGAUGUCCUUAUAACCUCGGCGUUAAUAAAAGGCAAAUAGUUCAUUCUUGAGAAGCUUUAUUUGUUUAUGAAGUUGUUUGCGCCGUCAAUGUGCCAGGCGCACUUGUAAACAACUGAUGCCAUGCGUGAAUGUACCACAGAGCAAACUGAAAUUUCGUGGUUCAUAAUACCUAGUACAUCAAUUGAAAAAUUGACUUUAUUAACGUCAAACACUCGGUCCAGUUUAUGUGGGGAAUCUGUAACUAAAAAACCGUGUUGGCCUGACACACAAUACACACAAAAUAUGAUUGUUAGGUUAAUCAGAAUAAGGGACGGGUGAAGUUCAUAUUUGGUUAUUAAGGCAAUGAUUAUACGAACAGGCUAUAACAAUAGGUAAGCUGCCUUCUAUAUAUUAUACAAUAUACUGUUCUUUCAUCUAUUAGAAUUAAAUUUCAUCGGAAUAUCAUUACAUUCGGAUCAACUUCUUAUCAGCAAAAAACAUCAGUGUCCUAUGGCCUUUCUGACGAUCUGUUAUCAAGUCAAAACUCAGAAAACAACUUAUAGCAUAUGUAUGCUACAAGUUAGAAUGUUGUUUUAUAUAUACACACACUAAUGAGACAAUAGCCUUUUAUCUGUAUCUUAUCAUUUAUCACUUGGAAGCGAACAAACCCUGACGGCAAACUUACUUCGUACGGCACCAUACACAAGCGAACGCUACAGCGACAAAGUCUUAUCUGUGUGUGCCUAUCUUAAACCUUCAUAUUAUACCCAAACAAUAUGGCUAGAUUAAUUUCAUUAUUUACAUCUUAAGCGCUGACUUUUGUCUGUGCUAUUCUUUGAAGUUUAACUUGCUCUCUUAAUGACUCCGUGCAUAUAGGAUCCAGUUCUCGUGAACUUAAAGCGGGGACCACGUAUACGGGAAAAAAUACACAGCACGCGACGGGAAAAUUAUCUGUUGCCUUCGGUUCGUCGCGUUCUGAUUUUCCGCUGAUUCCAGGUUGCCCACAACAUCUUUUACGGACGCUGUGGAGAACCCGACUCAGACAUACUUGCCGUCUGCAGAAGCUGCAACUGAACUAGUACUGAACGUUUUUCGUGGGGAUAAGGGCGCGACAGUGGCGCCGCCGUCCUUGCACAUGACCGCGUACAAUGUUCGAAAGCAGGACUCGGCAUUUUAACGAGUAAUAGAGGAGUAAGAAAGCACUUUUCUAUAGUACCAUCGGACGCUAGAGUCCAUUGCACAUAUAAACGUUGAAAUAGUAACAAAAAAAAUUACCUUGGCAGAUUUCACUUCAGGUAAUAUGUGACCUGGUAACAAGUACUGCUUUGACAGAAAAAGUGGACAAAUGUAGCAGGCGAACAGAGUACCAUCGCAGCUUAACCGAGAUCUGUACCUCCUAUUGCAAAUUCGUUGGGCAAAACUAGCCCGAAGCAAUAAAUACUAAAGGAAUCAUUAACUAAUUAAACUGGAUUUUUCAACUUGAAAACUAGAAUUUCUUUUCAUUGUGACCGAAGACAUAAGAUUAUUAACCGAAGAUUUUACCCUUUCAUUUGAUGCCGUUUAAGUGCCAACAGGGCUAAGUAUUGAAAUAAGCUCUGCAGUGAGAUAGCGGAAUA